UUCAGAUCCAGAUUGACCUAUUCUGAUUGUUGAUGGCACAAUUCACCGAUUCUGACUUAUAUACCACAAUCCCUUCCACUGGCCCGAAUCGCUGCGUUCCUCACACUCUCUCAAAGAGUGCAGACUCGCAUUCAGAGCUUUGCUUGUUCUGACUUUUGCAUAUCGCUACUGGCAGUUAUCUCUUCACCUCUCUGGCGUUCCCGUGAGACCCACGGCUACGCAUUCGUCCGGGAAUCAGCGCGAGUAGUUGCAAGUGUCGCGCUCUGUCAGUACUUGCUUGCCGACAUGUCGGCAAGUUCGCACAUUACCAUCAAGUGCUUGCUCGAAGCAGUGGGCCAUAUUGUCACCGUCGAGGUCAAAGGAGGCACGACUUACAGAGGCAAGCUCGUGGAUGCAGAGGAUUCGAUGAACAUUUGCAUGGCGGAAGUGACUGUCACUGCGAGGGAUGGAAAGCAGAGCAAGCUGCAAACAUGCUACUUGAGAGGCUCACUUAUCAGAUUCGUCGUCGUUCCCGACCUCCUUAGAGCAGCACCCUUCUUGGCGCGCGGUAUGGGUCCAAACGCGAUGCGUGGCAAGGGUGUCGGCGCAGCUCGUGGCCGUGCCGUGCUACUCAGAGCACAACAACGCCGCGGACGUGGUGCAGGACCUCCUCGGUCCCAGGGGAUUCGCCGAUGAGGGAUGAAGGCAGGAAAUUGGUCAAGAACUGGCCGGAUGUGCGAUGUGCUCAGCAUCUUCGGCUAGAUCGGAGUGCGGGUCUUCCGGGCUAUGAUGACGACGUCAUCGCAAUCACAAGCGUCUUUGCGAUGUCGACGGCUUUCCCGACCAAAAUGACAUGUUAUCGAACUGCCUCCGCAUGGGUCAAAGUCAGACUAGGCACUCCUGAGCCAAAACUUUUACAGAUGCUAAAGUGCUCUGCUCGCUUAGAAAUGGUGAGGCACCCAGCGGUGAAGCGAGGGAGGUGAAGGCGGCGAUGGAUCGCUUGCGCUGCCUGCGAAGCCGUCUCUUAAAGUAGCUUUGCGAUGGUGGAUUGUGC